AGUGAUAAGAGAGAAUCAAUGAGGAGAUUGUUAAUCUUUCGUGACUUUCUAAUUUAUUUUAAGUUAUAAUUGUCCCUCCAAAUAUUUUCUUUCAGUUUGUAUGGUUUACCUUUAGGUACUCAGAAUUUGUGUUGGUCACUUUUAACAUCAUUUCCAUCGAUUUCGAUGCAUAAUUUCAGAAAAUCACUCGACUCCUACGGUCUUCUGUGCAUGCGAUUUAAGUGCACGUAAAGGUGUGCUUCAUUUAACUUUGAGUGCAAUUUAAGUCUCAUAAAACAUGGCUUCUGCUGAUCUCUGGGAAGUAGACUCUGAGCUUUCAAAAGGAGUGGACAUCAUAAAUAAAAUUGACGGUACAAAAUUCCUUCUAAUAACCAAUCGUAUCGUCAAAGCUAUCUCUAAGGAUCUCGACGAACCCUUCACAACAGAAGAAAGGGACAAAUUGCAACAUUCUCUGGAAUUGAGUCCUGUAGAAGUAGAUCAACUAAUAUCAACAACAACCCACAUUCUGAAAAAGGCAAUUUUCCACAUCAUAAAACCUGCAGCUCUCCAUAAACAUAUGGUCGAAUCAUUACGCAUGGAAGAAGAAAGAGCCGUCGCUUUUUCUCAACUGUGGUCAACAGAAGCAGAAUCUCUUGUGAACGCAAUGAAACAAAAAUCUCUCUACUCCCACCAGGUCACGGGCAUUGAUUGGAGUACAAACGUAGCCAUAAAAUCAGAUAAAGGGGACCAAGAAUUGGAGCCUAGAGCUGAGAUCAAAUUGAAUAUUAGAAACCAAGAAGACAUUCUCCUGGAUUUGAAUCAUCAAGAAUUGACUAAGCUGUACUCAGUUUUAGAAAAUAUCCAAUCUCAACUGGAUGCUCUAAAUUGAUUGACUUUUAUCUUAAUCCUUUGUGGUGCAAUCAUUCCAGACUUGUUUUGAGAAACUCUUCAUUAUUCUAAGAAGGUCAUUUCUGAGAUUACCUGUUUUAUAGUGAGGUAGGUAUGUCAAUGGCUAAAGUCAAAAAGUGUGUAUCUCAGAUUGGGACAUUGUAAAGCUAUGCUCAUGUUUUAUUACUUUAAAGAAAAACUAACCAAAAGUUUCCCAAGAAAUUUUUUGUCAGUUUUUCUUACUAAUUCUAAAGAAAAUCACACAAAAUAGCAAGAAAACUCAUUGAUUAGUUUUCCAACAUUUCUAUUGUACAUUCUAAAAGUAGUAUUUUUUUAUGGAAAAUGUAUUUUUCUAUGGAAAAUGCUAGACUACUAAGACUAAUUAUUGUUUUGAUGGGGGGGCUGUUACUCAAUAUUUUUUUUUUACUCCUGUACAUUAAAUGUUAUUGUUGCUCUAUCUUAUUAAAAUGCUAUUUUCAAGUAUUAAAUUUGCAGUUAUGUAUUAUGUACCCAUUUCAGGUUUAUAUUGCAAUUUUUCAAUCAAAUUUUUGUAAAAAUUUAAUCCUAGAAAAUAAAAAUGUGUU